UGAUGCUAACCAGUUUGUAAAGAAAAAUAGGUUGAUUCAAUGGGAAGAUUGAAUCUCAGAAAAUCUAACCUCAAUUUCGUUACAAACACUUGGGUUUUGAUUCGAAUCACUUCUUGUUUUUCUUGAAAAAAAACCCCAAUUCCAUCCAUCUCAUAACAACUCUUGAUUUCUUCUGCUAAAUUCUCAAUAAGUGAUGCUGAGAAACAGAUCCAGAGCUGUAACAAAACAAUCACCAAUCAUGGCUGAUCACCAACCUUCAUCUCUUCCAUCUCCUACCCCACACAACCCGACCCGAUCCAUUUCAUCUUUUCUUGGUUCUCCGAGGUUCUUCAAUGGCUUCUUUCUUCCUAAAAAGCUUUCAGAUGGAUCACCCACUUCGAUUCUUGAAUCCAACAAACAAUUCUCUGAUUUUGCCGGCAACCCAUUUCGAUUCAACAAAAACCCAGAAAAACCCACAAAGAAUUUUGAUGGAAUCAAGCAUUCAUCUGAGAAAUUUGAUUCUGAGGGAAUUGCUCUUGCUAUUGUUCUUAUUGAAGAACCAAACCCUAGUGGAAAUAUUUGUAAACCUAAUUUGUUUGGAUCGAAAUUGAAGAUUCAAAUCCCGUUACUUGACCCAUAUUCUCCAAACGGGUCUCCGGAAUCGCCUGGUGAUUUUGGGAUCAAGACCCGGAAUUCUGUGCUUUCGGGUGGUGCGACUCCAAAUGGAUCCGGGUCUGCUAGAUUUUCUACUGGUCCUUUGUCUUUGAGUGAGAUGGAGCUUUCAGAAGAGUAUACCCGUGUGAUCUCUCAUGGGCCUAACCCGAAAACCACCCAUAUUUAUGAUAACUGUGUUGUGAAGAGCUGUUGUGGUAUUCGGGUAGGGUCAAUUGGUUCAGAACCGCCAUUGGAGAGUAUUGUAAGCUUUUGUCAUACCUGCAAGAAGAAUCUUGGAGAAGGAAGUGACAUUUUCAUGUACAGGGGUGAGAUUGGUUUUUGCAGUGAAGAAUGCAGAUGCCAAGAAAUGGUUUUGGAUGGAUUGAUGAUGAAUUCAUAGCAAUUUGUGGGGUUGAAAUUACCAUUAUGCCCUCCUCCCACCCCACCUUCAUAAAUUCCAAUUUCUUGAAGUUUGACCAUGAUCAGAGACACAGAGAGAGAGAGAGAGAGAGAGAGAGAGAGAGAGAGAGGGGAUAUUUUCAAUCCAAUGCCAAAUAAACUUUUUGGGGUUUUGUUUGUUUGUUUGUAUGAUGCAAGUGUUGGAAGUAGUAGUAGUUGAUGAUUUUGGUUUUUUUCCUUUUUUAUUUUA